AUGUGCGGUGCAAAAUUUUUCACCUCCAAGCUGGGAGUCAACCACACUGCAGAUUUCUUCACACUCCUCCAUCCACAUGGGGAGGCUGGUCCCUCUGUGAACCCAAAUGCUCCUAGGCCUUGGCUCCCUCAACCAAACCUUCAGCUCCCUCCCCAAAACCCUCAGCUCCCUCCCCAAAACCCUCAGCUCCCUCCCUCAAGCCCAUAUGACACUGGUGCUCAGUGCACCCCCCCAGGCACUCUGUAUUCUCUCCCUUCACAGCACUGCCCUCCUCAUUUCACUGGCACUGGGGGCAGAUUGAUGAUCUGGAUGCCUCCCCCCCCAGUGCUCAGCCUUAGCCUCCUUGCUCUGGCGCUCAGCCUCCCUCCAGCGCUCAACCUCCCCCCAGCGCUCAGCCUUAGCCUCCUCACUCUGGCAUUCAGUCUCCCUCCAGUGCUCAGCCUCCCUCCAGUGCUCAACCUCCCUCCAGCACUCAACCUCCCCCUAGUGCUCAGCCUCAGCCUCGCCCCCCCCCCCAACACUCAGCCUCAGCCUCCUUGCUCUGGUGCUCAGCCUCCCCGGUGCUCAAUCUCCCUCAGCACUCUACCUCAGCCUCCUCCCCAGUCCUCACCUAUGCCUGAUGUCAUUGAUCUGUGGGGACUUGUUUUUUUUGCUGAUCUCUCUCAGUUGAAUACACAUUGGGAGAUCUAUUACUUGUUACAAACAUAUAUCACAGUUCCACUUUCUACUCUACCUAAUGUAUGA